CAAAAAUGUGACCCAGGCACACCUUCUGUCCGCAUAGCUUCUCCCGUCAAACUCUAUACCUGGCUUUUUUCGUCUAUGUCCAUCUUCAUUGCCUCCUUCUCCAAGAAACCUGUGAGUUGCUCGAAGAUGGUUGGAAGUCUGUCAGCAUCUCUUUCUUUGCCAUCUCUUUAGUCGUCGCCGGUCCCGUCGCCACUGUCGUUGCUCAUGCUUCUCCGCGCCGCCGCCUCUCUUUUUCUUCUCAUUUCUUCUCGUCUGCAUGAUCCCAACGGUGACUCCUCAGAUCUACGCAAUGUAUUACAAUGGUGAAGGCGGUGAUUUGAGGCAGGGCCUCGACACAACAUCUUGAUCGCUCCUACAAUGGCUGGGGGUUUGAUUGCAUUCCGCGAUUGAUCGAUUUCAGCUGCUACGGUUCUGAUGGCGUCCAUGGUUGAGCUUGGUUGGCCACGAUUGAACGGUGGUGGGGUAAUGGUUCACAGAGAAAGUGUUGGUGGUAUUGCAGUGACAUAGGUUGUACAAGGACCAUGGUGGGGGAGGGAAGACAAUGGUCACCGAUCGGACAGCGGUUGUCACUGGCCAUGUGUGGGUGGGCAGAAUUAUUUUUUAUCGGUGGCCAGGACAGGGGUGGCAGUGGUGGAUGUGGAAGGAGUGGUGGUAGUGGAUGUGACACGGACGGCGGUUAUGUAUGGGUCAGGAGCGGUGGUGGUGGGCGGGUGAAGGGGGUGGCGGCGAUUGGGGGUAGUCACUGUGGUCGAUGGGUGGGCAGUUAUAGUGACCGGAGUCAUUAUGGCCGGUGGACAGGUAGUCACUGUGGUGACGGGUCACUGUGGCGGCUGGACACUGUGGCGGCAAAUCACUGUGGCGGCAAGUCACUAUGGCGGCGGAUCACUGUGGCGGCGAAGUCACUUUGAUCGGUGUCACUUUGUAGAGCAAUUGUUAAUUGUGAUGUCAGGUCACAUUUUUGGAAUUUUGAAAAAGAUGUAACAUUUUUGUCUUUUGUCCGUUUUUAGUAAAAUUCGGGCCAAAACAUAAAAAACAAUUGUUAAUUUGGCAAGAAUAUGAGGUACGAAUGAAAUCACCUUUGAUCUUCCAAAGAGGAG